CGACAAUAGGAUUCGAAGCCGAAAAAAUCUGGGUCUCAGCUUCUCUCUCUCUCUCUAGAAGUAUUAUCGUUUCCUUCAAAGUUUCUCUCUCUAACCAAAUCACCUUGCUUGUCUCUCUCUCUCUCUCUCUCUCUCUCUCUCUUUCUCGUUUCUGCGAUUUGAUUUCCCCAUCGUUUCGCUUGAAAUACGCAUCCGAUCUCGCCGAUCGUCGUAGAUCUACGUUGGUACUGGCCGGAUUGAGUAGGCAGAGUGAAAAACAUAAACAGAGGGGAAAUAAAAUUCGAAAGAAAAGAGAAAUCGCAUGAAUUUGUUUGGAAGCCUGAUUUUUUCAUCUUCGAUUUCGAGCCACUUCACGACUUGUCUUCUGAUCUUCAUCCUUCAUUUUUCCCCUCAGCUUCCGUGUAAUAGUAAUAGUAAUUAUAAUUUUAGUAGUAGUAAUCGUAAUUCUAAUAAUAUCGAGAGUAAUCGUUUGAUCAAUUGAAAUCAUGGAGUCGAGGAAAAACUCUGAUCGUCAAAUGCGUAGAGCUAAUUGCUUUUCAGCUGGUGAGAGGAUGAAGACAAGGUCACCGUCGGUGAUAGUGAUCGGAGGUGGUUUUGGUGGAAUCUCAGCUGCUCGUUCUCUUCAAGAUGCUUCCUUUCAGGUUAUUGUACUGGAGUCCCGUGACAGAAUUGGUGGACGAGUUCACACUGAUUACUCAUUCGGUUUUCCCGUUGAUCUUGGUGCAUCAUGGCUGCACGGAGUAUGCAAAGAGAAUCCUCUGGCACCAGUAAUUGGGAGACUGGGAUUGCCCCUGUAUCGUACUAGUGGUGACAAUUCGGUCUUGUAUGAUCAUGAUCUUGAGAGCUAUGCUCUGUUUGAUAUGGAUGGCAAUCAAGUUCCUCAAGAGUUGGUAACUGAAGUUGGCGUAACAUUUGAGCAGAUCUUGGAAGAGAUCAACAAAGUCAGGGAUGAGCAAGAUGCAGACAUGUCAAUAUCUCAGGCUUUCUCAAUUGUAUUUACAAGGAAACCCGAGUUGAGGUUUGUAUGCAUAUUUAUCACAUUUCUUAAUUUCUAUAAUUCAGUACACUUUUUUAUGCUUGGUUUCAUAAUCGAACUUGGUACAUCCAGGUUAGAGGGGCUUGCACACAAUGUACUUCAAUGGUACUUAUGUCGCAUGGAAGGUUGGUUUGCCGCGGAUGCUGAAACCAUAUCUGCAAAGUGUUGGGACCAGGAGGAGUUGCUGCCUGGUGGACACGGUCUUAUGGUUAGAGGGUAUCGUCCUGUCAUCAAUACUUUGGCCAAAGGGCUUGACAUUCGAGUAGGCCACAGGGUUACUAAGAUUGUAAGGCGGUAUAAUGGAGUAAAGGUAACGACAGAAAACGGGGAAACAUUUGUUGCGGAUGCUGCAGUGAUCGCUGUUCCUCUAGGUGUCUUAAAAGCAGGAACGAUAAAAUUUGAACCGAAGCUACCAGAGUGGAAACAAGAAGCAAUAAACGACCUCGGAGUAGGAAUCGAGAACAAGAUCAUACUUCAUUUCGAAAAAGUCUUCUGGCCAAAAGUAGAGUUUCUAGGAGUGGUUGCGGAAACCUCCUACGGCUGCAGUUAUUUUUUGAACCUGCACAAGGCCACGGGUCACCCGGUUCUGGUUUACAUGCCGGCUGGUCAGCUCGCCAAAGACAUUGAGAAAAUGUCUGAUGAAGCAGCUGCGAACUUGGCCGUGUUGCAACUCCAGAGGAUUCUUCCUGAUGCGUUGCCUCCGGUACAGUAUCUAGUGUCGAGGUGGGGAUCGGAUGUGAACUCACUGGGAUCUUAUAGCUAUGACAUUGUGGGAAAAUCUCAUGAUCUCUACGAGAGGCUUAGGGUUCCGGUUGAUAACUUAUUCUUUGCCGGUGAAGCCACGAGCUCGAGCUUCCCUGGCUCGGUUCACGGCGCUUAUUCAACUGGAUUGAUGGCUGCUGAGGAUUGCAGGAUGCGUGUGUUGGAGCGGUAUGGUGAGUUGGAUCUUUUUCAGCCUGUGAUGGGUGAAGAAGGACCUGCCUCUGUUCCGCUUCUUAUAUCUCGUCUCUAAACCUUACUUACCAUUAUCAUUCAACUCUCUGCAUUCGAUUACUAGAAAGACCUGAAGUGUGGUGGAUCUUAUAAAACUCUUCUUCAGUGUUUUUUACAAUAAUUUAAACAGUAUAUCCUUGUGAUAUAUUUUUAAGACAAUCAUCUUUGAGGAUUCAAGUAUUUUCUUAUCACAUUU